GAUGCCAUACGGUUUUAUGUCAUAUUUGAAAUUUCAAUUCUUUUAAGAAGAUCCACAAGAUCUUUGUUGAUUCAAGUGUUUCGAGAAUUUGAUGCCAUGAGCCAUUCUAUGAGCAGUCCGAAGAACAUACAACUAGUAUUCGACACGUACCAAAAGGCUCGGCUAACAUUUGCCCAGGCCGUGGCAGACUUGGCCACGAGAUCUACUAAUGUAAAGUGUCUUGACAGUGCUGGAGCCCUCGAGUUGUUGCGCCCCCUGGUGUCAGACGCGAAUAGUACGGUGCGGCAGUGCGCGGUGGUAGCGGCCGCGCGGCUGGCCGAACACGACGAGGCAGUGGCGCGACAGAUGCUCGAUGGGGGAAUACUCACUACCACGCUGGAGAACCUACAUAAAUUUAAUGUAUACUACAAAAGAUCAGCUUUGUAUUUAAUAAGGGCGAUUGCAAAGCAUAAUGAAGAACUAGCGUCUAUGAUAGUACGAUUUGGAACAUUAGAACAUAUCGUAGCAUGUAUGGAAGACUUCGAUACACAGGUGAAGGAGAACGCGGCGUGGGCGUUAGGUUACAUCGGGAAACACAACGAGCUGCUCGCGGGUAAAGUAGUUGACGCCGGGACUCUGCCGCUGCUCGUGCUGGCCUUCCAAGAACCCGAAAUAAGUCUUAAACAGAUCACAGCAGGCGCUCUCGUGGAUCUGGCGAAGCACAAGCCCGAAGCCGUGGUGGACGCGGGAUCCAUCUGUCAUCUGGUACGCGGCCUUGAUAAUCAGGAUCCUAAAUUAAAGCGCAGCACGCUGUGCGCGCUGAGCGCGGUGGCGAGCGCGCGCGUUGAGCUGGCGGAGGCGGCGGUGGCGGGCGGCGCGCUCCCGCCGGCGCUGCUGCACGCCGCGCACCACGCCGCACCCGUACGUCGCGCCGCCGCGUGUUUACUGCGCGACAUUGUGCGACACUCCAUCGAUUUAGCCCAACUGGUGGUAAACACGGGUGGGUGUGGGCCGCUGGUGGAGUUGCUGUCGGAGAACGGCGGGGGCGCGCGCGUGCCCGCCUGCAUGGCGCUCGGCUUCAUCGCCGGACAGUCUGACCAGCUCGCCAUGGCUGUUAUCGAAGCUAAGGCAAUUCCAGCAUUAGUGGAAAUUCUUCAGAAUAAUGAGGCAGAAGAAGCAGAGGUGUGCGCUGCCUCUUGGACUUUGGGCCACAUCGCUAAACACUCCCCACAACAUAGUCUAGCCGUUGCUGUGGCAAAUGCCUUUCCAAGAUUGUUGCAGCUGUACACAAACCCAAAAUCAUCAGGAGAGGUGCGUGCCCGAGCAUUGUGUUGUCUGAAGCAGGCUCUGCAGUGCUGCCUACACAGACCGGCACUGGAGCCUCUACUACAUGCUGCACCUGCUUGUGUUCUCAAAUAUGUACUUGCACAGUACGCUAAGAUAUUACCAAAUGAUGCAAGAGCCCGAAGGUUAUUUGUAUCAACUGGUGCAUUGAAAAGAAUACAGGAGAUCGAUACUGUACCCGGUACAUCACUUAAGGAGUAUAUAAAUAUUAUAAACAGUUGCUUCCCUGAAGAAAUCGUGAGGUAUUAUUCACCUGGGUAUUCUGAAACAUUGCUUGAUAGAGUAGAAGCCUACACACCGCAGAUUCCUGAAUUAUUUACUGAUCGAGUACCAAGUGAUUGCCAAAGUGAAUUAACCUUAGAAAAUUAAUAAAAUCUUUUAAGUUUUUGCCCUUUACACAUAAUAAAUUUUUGAAGUGUUUAU